CGAUGUUAGAGAAAGAGAAGUUAGCUACGACUGGAAACAACUAUGCGGACUGGGUCCGUAACCUGAGGAUUGUCCUCAGGAGCGCUAAGAAAUUGUACGUGCUUGAAACUGCUCUUCCAGCUAAACCGGCGGCAGAUGCACCGGUAGAUGAAAAAAAUGUCUGGGCCACUAAGGAUGAUGAUCACAACUUAGUGCAGUGCCUCAUGCUAGCUUGCAUGAGUCCAGGGCUUCAAAAACGUUUUGAAUUCCAUAAAGCCCGUGAUAUGAUCCGGGAAUUGGAUGCUCUGUACAAGGAAACCGCAAAGUCUGAACGAUAUGAUAUCAUGAAGGCUUUGAUGGAUUGCAAGAUGGCUGAGGGUAGUUCAGUUGGCGAACACGUGGUCAAAAUGAUUGGCUAUUCUGAAAGGCUUAAAGCCCUAGAAUUUCCACUUCCACCUGGCCAUAUGAUGGACAUGUUGCUUUCUUCACUCCCCCCGUCUUACGACGGUUUUGUCAUGAACUACAACAUGACAGGGAUGGAGAAGACGCCUGAAGAAGUGCUCGCCAUGCUGAAAACUACAGAAGGAGGACUGCGGAAAAAUCGCAAGCAAGUGUUGCUUGUGAAUAAAACCGCCAGUUUCAAAAAGAAGAAAGGCAAGCCAAAGAAGGGCAAGGGCACCGGUAAGACCGGCUCCCAAAGCAACUCUAAGGGCGGAGCCAAGAAUGAAACUGAGUGCUUCUAGUGCAAGGGCACAUGACACUGGAAGAGAAACUGCAAGAAGUAUCUGGAAGAUAAGAAGACCGGGAAAACCGGAAAAGGGACUUCAGAAGGUGCGCAAGCUAGCAAAGAAUGAAGUCGUGAUGCGCGUCGGGAACGGCGCUGGGAUCGCCGCUCAAGCCGUCGGCAUUAUGCCUCUACGUCUCCCUUCAGGAUUUAUCUUAGAACUAAGUAACUGUUAUUUUGUUCCACUGUUGUGUAGAAACAUUAUCUCCGGAUCAUGUUUGGUACACGAUGGGUAUUCGUACAAGUCUGAGAACAAUGGUUGUUCACUUUAUUGUAAGGAUAUGUUUUAUGGAUUUGCACCCAUUGUUGGGGGCCUUUUCAUACUAAAUCUUGAA